AAUAUCGAUGACAGCAGCAUUCCCAUCAAUGGCAACGCCACAGUCGAAGCCAAAAACCAAUACUCUGGCAACUCAAACGGCGAAUCGAUGGGUAUAGCUUUUUCACUGGCGAAGGAAGUAUUAAUAGACUUCAAUGGCGAAUCGUGCUCCAAAAAGUGGGUGGCUCAGCUUAAAAAUAUCGGUGAAGUGUAUAACAUAGGCAACACUCACUUACGAAUGCUAUUCAUUUGCAAGAUGAAAGGCAAGAUGCAUUCAUGGCUUCAUUCGGAGGUUACACGUAUUCGCGAGCCAGUAGCAGUACUAUGCGAACAGUUAAUGGCAGCUUUUGGAGAGAAAAUGUCCAAGUAACAAAUGCGUCGUCAUUUCGAACAGCGUAAUUGGAAGUUUGGCGAAAAGUUUGCAGUUUAUCUGGACGACAAACUAAUGUUAGCCAACAAUAUUAACAUCGAUGAAGAGGAGCUCCUUGAUAAAGUUAUCGAGGGUAUACCUGACAAGGGAUUACGCACUCAAGCACGGAUCCAAUGUUUCGCCAACCCUAAGCAGAUGUUAGCUGCUUUCGCUGAGAUACAUCUAGAGGACAUUCGACGCGCAACUAAAAAUGAAAACGAAACUGGCAGAGCAAACAAGCUCCAAGAGAUGCGCUGUCGUAGAUGUAACAUUAAAGGACACCUGGUGAAGGACUGCAACAGGCCGGACCGUGUACCAGGCUCUUGUUUCAUCUGUGGAUCCAUGGACCAUUGGGCGGCCAAAUGUCCAGAUAGGAAGGGCAGCCGUGAAACUAAUGGACUCAACCGUACGAACCAGAGCAGCAACAAUUUCCGUGCCUCAUAGAUUCGGGGAGUCCAGUUUCCUUAAUCAAGAAGAAACAUUUACCUAAUCAUUCAUAUCUUUAUUCUGUCGAGCAAUCUUAUUAAGGGCUAAAUGGAAGUCCUCUCAUUACAUUUGGAAAAUUACUAUGUUACGUUGUGAAAAAUUCAAUAAAGAUUUACUUUUAUUUACUCGUUAUC